UCUGCACGUUCUAACUGGUGUUACACGUUAAUCGAUAUACCUGAUACCAUUGGAAGAAACGACAGUUCGGUUACCAUAGACAUGCCGGUCUAUUAUACUGGCUUAAAUGCCAGCCCACUUUUUUCAAAUGAGGAUGGAAUUGUCACAUCAGUAUCGCAUUUGACUCAGAUCCCAUUUCCUGGAGUCACAGACAUUGAGAUUGGAUGGAAUUAUUUUCUUCUGUGGCAAGACACAAAAUUAUACAUCACGGGUAAAAUCAGUGAGAAAGAUGACAAAAACAGGCCACGUUUAAUGCAGAUUCCGGAGGAGUCGUCAGGAAGCUGCAAAAUGGCUGUUCCUGGUCGGGAUAGCGUAGUUGUUUUGUCCACGCGAAAUGUAGUCUGGAAAUAUAAAGUAUACGACGACUCUUGGCAAAAAGUAACACCUUUCAUUCCCACCAAUGAUAACGUACUGGCUGAACACGCCAUCAAACUAUCACAAGCAGGAUGUACAGUGAUUUUAACUAAUUUAGGACGUAUAUUUAACGCCCCGCUUUUGAUUGAGAUGCCAAAGAGAGUCAAGUUUGUUGAUCUUGCUUGCGGUUUUGACCAUACUAUCUUAUUGGCCGAGAAUGGCGACGUUUAUUCAAUGGGAAUGGGAAUACGUGGUCAAUUAGGACACAACGAGUUAGAAGAUUGUGAUAAUCCAAAACUUAUUGAGGCCUUGGCAGGGCUGAAAGUAGUACAAAUAUCAGCAGGUGGUUGGCAUAGCGCCGUAGUCACUGAUCAAGGUGAUCUCUAUACUUGGGGCUGGAAUUCAAAUGGCGAAUUAGGAAUCGAAAGCAAGGACAAGAAAGUUUACGCCGUUCCAACUCUAGUGGAUUUUAAAAACGACAGAGGAGAGGAUAUAGAAAUUAAUGUUAAAAAGGUCGAGUGCGGCAAUUCUUUUACUAUAUGCUUAACAGAUGACGGCAUCUUUCGGGGCUGUGGUACUAACAAGUACGGCCAACUGGGGCAACUUCAACGAAACGUGGAAAAUUCGUAUAAUUUUGUCAAGUUGGACAUUCAAUCGCUAGAUUCUAAACCAGUAAAAAAAUUCAAAUGCCGCGAAUGGGGUACGGCGAUAAUCACAGAAUAACAUACACUAUACUUAAAAUUGUUAGGCGAUACCAAAUAAAAUAUUCCUUCAAUCUUAUGUAUUUAUUACAUUACAUGUUUUCUGCAU